AUGGUUGUGUGUCCCUCCCAGAUCGUCUUCGUCUCAGUGUGCAAGAUGCGAUGGUUCGGUCACUUCCUACUGCUUGUCCUGGUUGCAGUCGCAGCGAUUCCGACCGGGACGUACCGCAUCCGCACCUUUGACGACUUGACCGUGGCCGAAAUCAACGGCCAUUUGGUGCCAGCGCCAUCGAAUGCGAGCGCGCGCAAUGAGCUCUUUAGCUACACGAAUUUUUCUGGCGUUUUCUACUCGGCGAGCGCGGUGCAGUGCGUCGGUGCUUUCUUGCAUCCGAUGGUGCUCCAAGGCGGCGCGGCCUACAACGUCCACAUGAAGCUCCGCCUUGGUCUCUGGCGCUGUCUGGGGUCCAGCAUCAACUUACCGUGGCGGUACGACGAGACAUCCAUGCAGAUUGCGCAUCGGUACUACCGCGGGUGGUGCUGGGACGCGAGCACGAGCCCGAUUGCCGUCUACUUGUGCGACCCAGCUAGCGAAAGCCAACGCUUUCGCCUCGUUCCGCCGACAGAGGCCAGCCCAACGCCGCGGCCGCCACGACGGCGCCUCUUGUUUGAACCGCGGGACGGGAUCGCGCACCGGCGGUGGCUCGAGAGCGAUAACCCAGAGGGCUUUGUGCUCGAAGACGAGACCCUCAAGCUGCAGCCGAUGCGACUGACGAUGCCAAACCGCGGUGUCAUUCGCCAAGUGGACGACCGGAUCUACCUCGAGGCGACGCCCGGGAACGGCUCGGACGAGUGGUUCGAGUACAAUGCCAACCACCAGACGCUGCGGUCGAUGGGCCGGAACGACUCGUGCUUGGCGAUCACGCCCAAUAACCAGCUUGUCUUGACGCCGUGCUGUGCGCCUGCUGGCUGCUACCAGCAAAACUUUGUCGUGUACAAGAACCGGAUCCGCCACCCGUCGUCGUUUUGCGUCGCGCUCAACCCGAUCAAGCCCGCGACCAACCCGCUCAUUGGCCAAUGGUGCAACGACCUCCGGGACCGUGUUCAGUUUUUUGCAGUCUACAAGGAGUAUGACGAUGCUAGUCACCGGCGGCUGGACAAUGCGCAGACGCGGAUCACAGCGCGGAAUGGCCACGUCGUAUCCGAGUGGAGCACCGGCUUGUACGUCAACAACGCGGUGCCCAACGUCAACGAGCUCUUUGCGUACGACGACAAUGGCCAUACGUUCCAAGCCCAGAGCAACAGCCAGUGCAUUGACGCAUUUUGGAGCGCCGACCCGAGCGUCAAGUGGUGGGUGUUGAAGCUGCAUACGUUUGACUGCGGGUAUGGCAACCGCAAUCAAGAGUGGGCAUCGACCGACAACCGCGUCAAGCACCUCAACCACGCCGGCAUCUGCCUCGAGGCCCGCGGCGACAAGACCCUUGGCGUCAACACGUGCAAGGAAGAGAGAGACUCCGAGUGGCUGCAGCUGUGGCACUGACAGGCUUCUAAGAGUCAAGAGAGGUGUCGUGUGUUGAUUCAACGC